ACCUUCUGAUACUCCAUUGUCGAGAGAAUUGCCAGAAUCGCUUUGUGCAGCGAGGUAAGGAGAAGAUCAAAUCAGUCGAGGUUCGAUCACGAUGUCGACGCGGGUGGUGACUAUUAUGAAUCGGGCGAAGCGGGGAUUAUACGCUGGUCGGCACAUUCAGUUUGGCAACAAAGUUAGUGAGGAUGGUGGGAACAAGUCACGUAGGACUUGGAAGCCAAAUGUACAGUCCAAGCGUGUAUUUAGUCUUGCUUUGGACAAGUACAUUCGUGUUCAUAUUACUACACACGCACUCCGAUGUAUCGACAAAGCAGGAGGUAUAGAUGAAUACUUGCUCAAUAUUCCAGAUCGCAAUCUAGAAAGCGACAUUGCCCUUUUCUGGAAAAAUCAAAUUGCUGCCGUUUACCAAAGGUUGGCAAAUAUCGAAAUUGCAAUACCCGUUCAAAAAUCUGAGGACAGCGCAUUUAGCAUGAAGGUAUAUGGUGAUGCUCUUUCUGGUGUCGGAGAUGGUAAGAAGAGUGGUACUGAGUCGCUGUCCACUCAAUGACAUAUCGCACACAGAUGCAACUUUAUUCAAGUCAGUCAUCGUACGUGAUCAGUACUAUUUACCUUGCCAACAGAUGCCCAAGUAUGACUUUGUGGGUGCGCUAAAGAGUCAAGAGCUAAGAAUGUAUCAGAAAAUCCGAGCUCUUCUGAUCCUGAUGUAUCUAUCAAAUGCAACACAAACUCAAAGAGUCUUCACUGUUUGCCCAGACCUUUCGGAACACUCUAUCCAGAGCAUGCCCUGAAGUUUGGCACUGGAUUUUGAACCUCGUCUGUCACAUUACAGAGCCUAUGUUAGUUCAUAAAGACCAUAAAGUUAAAAGUCAGCAUAGUGAUAUUUGGGGUUGGACUUCUUGCUAAAUGUCUCUGGAUAACGAGUUCCACUUAUAUCGAAAGCCGGAAAACUUGGCUUCGUGCAAAGUAAGUGCAUUGGAUUACUGUGUCUACUCUUAAUCGUCACUUCAGUAUGCUGUUAUUAGUCUCUUAUCUGUAGGAACUUUAGAGAUCCAGUAUUGACUAUGAGAUGACUUGAGAAGCUUGGGUAGUCAUACUACUAGCUUAGGACUAGUGUCUUUGGAUUCGUCUAUUCGUAAAGCUGUGGACAUUCAAGCGUCACAAUGCUUGAGGAAAGAAAAUCAAAAUUGCGUGCUCUUACAGUUUUGCUUUCAUGAUAGCGUUCGUCUU